UUGAUUAAUAGCAUCAGGUUUUGAAGAUGAAAGAGUUUAACCUUGUUUUUCUGGCUGUUUUUAUAUUGUUUGCCUUUUUUUUGUUUCAUGUGGAAACAAUGUCUGACAGUGCAAUCGGUGUAGGAGCAUUGUUGAGGAACAUAUCUUCGGGCUUGCUUUCAAGAGGUGAGUCAGAGUUUCACAGCACAUUUUUGUCUGAAAGACACAAGCUGGAUCCCUGGAUAACGGAAGAGAAUCGCAAAGCUGUUGAUCAGAGUGGUUCACAGGAUAACCCUAAGGUACAUACGAGGAGUGGGGUUGUAAGAGGUGUUGCUGUAGACAAGGUGAGCAUCUUCUAUGGAAUCCCAUAUGCCGACCCUCCCGUUGGCCAAUACCGCUGGAAGCCACCAUCGCCAAUGUCUCCGUGGUCAGGCGUGUAUGAUGCCACCUUCCCAAGAGCUGCCUGCAUGCAGGCUUGCAGGAGACCAAUCUCAGAUGAAUGUCGAAACAAGGUAAGCGAAGACUGUCUGUACCUCAACAUUUUCGUACCUUUAGACGUGAACUUCUCCGCCCCCCUGUUAAAACCACUUCCAGUGAUGGUGUGGAUCCACGGGGGAGAUUUUAUUGCUGGCUCAGCUUCAAAACCAAUAUAUGAUGGGAGGUUCAUCAGCAAUUUCACCCAUACUGUGGUGGUGAGCGUGGAGUAUCGCUUAGGAGCGUUUGGAUUCCUGGUUUCUGGUAAAGACCCCAAGACAUCAGCUGUGGGAAACUAUGGCAUCUUGGACCAGCAAGCAGCCUUACUUUGGGUUCAGCAGAACAUUGCUGCCUUUGGAGGUGACCCAAAGAAGGUGACCAUCUUUGGGGAGAGUGCAGGGGCUCAGUCCGUGAGCCUUCAUCUGAUGAUCCAGAGUAGCCAAGCCUUGUUCCAACAGGCCGCCCUGCAGAGCCUACCUUUCUCCAUCCCCUUGAAGACCAGACAUGAAGCUUUGAAGCUGGGGAAGGAGUUUGUCAAGGUGGCCAACUGUUCCAUCAGUGACAUGGCGUGCCUGCUGUCUCUUAGCCCUCAGACUGUUCUAGCAGCUCAGAUAAAAGCAGGCUCAAAGAUAGUGAACCCCUUUCGCUUCCUGGAGGUGUUUGAGACCUGGGGUCCCUUUAUCGACGGAGGGCUGAUCAAGGAGCAGGCAGUGACUGCCUUUCAGAUGGGUCACUGGCAGAGAGAAAAGCCAGUUAUCUUUGGGACUACAUCUGAGGAGGGUGUGAUCUUUGUCUACGGGGUUUUCUCCAAGCCUGUGACACUGCUGGAGUGCACUGUGUAUACUACAGCCAUCUUCAAGCAGCACGCCCUGAGAAUCCUGCAGGAAUACCUGCCCCUGUUCAAGGACACAGAUAAGCGCGCCAUGCUGUCACAGAUCGUGACCGACUACGUGUUCCUGUGUCCUUCCCGCAAGUCGGCCCGUGCAGCCGUCCAGUCAGGCAGCACCGCCUGGAUGUACGUCUUCGACCACGUGUUGACCGACAGGCGGCUAUGGGACGGUCUCACCUUCUGCUACGAGCACGUCUGCCACGGGGCCGAGCUUCCCUUCCUCUUCAACUCGGCCUCCGUGGCCAACUUUACCCUGUCGCCAUCCGAGAAGCUGCUAGCCAACCGCAUGCUCUGCGCCUGGGGGACGUUCGCGGGAGCCGGUGACCCCAACGCGGUCGGCGUGCAGUCGGCCUUCUGUCGAUACCAGAGGCUGCCCCCCUGGCCCCGGUACUCAGGUGUCGACGGCUGGCUGGUGAUGAAUUUCACAGUGCGCUCCCACCCACAGGCAAACCCCCGCGACCAAAUCUGCGACUUCUGGGACAACCUUGGCAUUUACUAGGAUGUGUGGUGCAGUAAUU